UCUCAGUCCAUCCAUUCACCAACCCACUGUAACAACAUACACAAUGACCACCCUACCCACCGAAACCAUCGAAGUCAUCCAAAACCGCAUCGCUUCCGCCUGCAGCGAUCCCGAAAAGGGUCUCCCGGGAGUCUCAUUCGUCGCAGUCGGCAAAGAUGGCAAUGAACUCGUCAGCCAUGCAGCGGGGCAGCGGGGCUACGGCAGCUCUGAAGCGAUGAAAACGGACUCGGUGUUUUGGAUCGCGUCAUGCACGAAGAUGAUUACAGGCAUUGCGUGUAUGCAGUUGGUUGAGCAGGGGAGACUUUCGCUGGAUGAUGCAGAGCAGGUGUAUCAGUUUUGUCCCGAGUUGAGGGAUGCCAAGGUGUUGCAGAAGGAUGGGAGCUUGGUGGAGAAAAAGAGGGAGAUUACGUUGAGGAUGCUACUUACUCAUACCUCUGGUUUGGGGUACACGUUUUUCAGUGACGCUUUGCGGGAUUACAAGAAGCCUGGCUAUGAUGAGUUUACGGGGUCUAUCGAGGACUUUCUGCAGCCACUUAUCCACCAGCCGGGAGAGGCGUGGGAGUAUGGUAUUGGCAUCGACUGGGCAGGUGCCCUGCUUGAACGUGUAACUGGACUAUCAUUGAAUGAUUACUUCCACCAACACAUCUUCGAGCCCCUCGGCCUCAAGCAUAUCUCCAUGCUUCCGACUACAGAAAUGAAGAACAAUCUCACAUUCAUGAAUCAACGUGCUGCGGAUGGCCAGCUCUCUGCCCGAGAACAUGUGCUCAAGCGCGCCCUGCAAGAGGAGACAAAGAGCGACAAAUCAUACUUUUACAGCGGUGGUGCUGGAUGUUUCUCUACACCACAGGAUUACUGCCAAAUCCUCACCGUCCUCCUCAACAACGGCACAUCCCCCAAGACUGGCACCCAACUCCUGAAGAAAGAAACCGUCGACGAAAUGUUCCGCGACCAAAUCUCCAACCUCCCCCCACUGGCCGAAAAGCAUUUUCCAGACGCAGUCCCCGAGUUGGUAACCAAUGCCGUGGGUGUCCAUCCCACUGUCGCGGGAGACCGCCAAGGAUGGGGUCUCACUUUCAACAUCACUGGCGGUCCUACAGGUCGAUCGCUGGGAACAGGGCAGUGGUCUGGUCUGCCUAACCCGCGAUGGUGGUGUGAUCGGGAGAAGGGAGUUGCGGGGAUGAUAUGUGUGCAGGUGUUGCCGUUUGGCGAUAACCAGUUGUUUGAUUUGUGGCAGGAUGUUGAGGCGGGGGUGUAUAGGGGGUUGGGGUUGGGUGUCUAGAUCUGAUUGUAUAGAUGGAUUGUAUCUAUGAAGUACAGGCAUACUUAGUAUAGUCUUGAACAUGAACAGAGAACACAGAGGACAGAACUGUGUCCGUGAUAUAUUAUUGAUAAAGAUAUUAUGACGGAA